GUAGCCAGACUUUGCCUGCUCAUUCAGCGCUUAGUGCUGCACUGCACCGUUUCCAGUUGUGGGAUGUUAAGAUUCGCCUUUGGCUGCACUUCUCCCCACUCUCGCUCUCACAUAAAGACUCUUUAGACAUUUAUAUGCUCAUUUUCUUGGAGGAGGAGGGGAGAGAGAGAGAGAGAGAGAGAGAGAGAGAGAGAGAGAGACUAGGCAGACCUAUUAGCCCGGAGCCUGAAACACACACAAACCAACUCUCUCUCCGGCACACACACACACACACACACACACACACACACACACACACACACACUCACACACACACACACUUGUACACUCCUCCAGCUCUGCGCUGCACCAAGGUAACAGCGAGUGGAUUUAGCUUUAGCCAUCUGGUAGAGUGCAGAGAAAAGCUCUCUGCUACACAGAGCGGAUAAGGGCUAGGACGAUGCAGCACUAAAACACAGACGGAAAGAGAAAAGCAAAGAGUGAAAGAGAGAACGACACACACACACACGCGCGCAGCCUGAGACAGGAUGGCCACCGCAGUGUUCCAGGUGUCUUCAUCUUGUGUUCCAGCAACAAACUAUGAGCUGGCACCGAGCAGUGACCUCCCUCUCAAACAUGUAGACACCAUGGGCUCGACAAAAUCUUCAAAGAGCAUGGAGUCGCGGCGCAGACCAUCAAGGAGUGCGAGUCUGCUGCAGGCCCUGGAGGAGAGCUACGAGUUGGACCUGGUCUACAUCACAGAGAGGAUCAUCUCUGUCGCCUUCCCCAGCAGCGUGGAGGAGCAGAGCUACGCCGCCAACCUGCGGGAGGUCGCCUCCAUGCUGCGCUCCAAACACGGCCACAACUACCUGCUCUUCAACCUCAGUGAGAAGCGUUACGACAUCUGCCAACUUAAUCCAAAGGUGUUGGACUUUGGCUGGCCUGACCACCAUGCUCCAGCCCUGGACAAAAUCUGCAGCAUCUGCAAGGCCAUGGACACCUGGCUGAGUGCAGACAGCCACAACGUGGUGGUCAUACACAACAAGGGCAACCGGGGAAGAACUGGAGUGGUGGUGGCAGCCUACAUGCAUUACAGCAACAUAUCUGCCAGUGCUGACCAGGCUCUGGACAGGUUUGCCAUGAAGCGCUUCUAUGAAGACAAAGUGCUUCCUGUGGGCCAGCCGUCUCAGAAAAGGUAUGUGGAGUACUUCAGCGGCUUGCUCUCCGGACACAUCAAGAUCAACAACAAACCCCUGUUCCUCCACCAUGUCAUCAUGCACGGCAUCCCCAACUUCGAGUCCAAAGGAGGCUGUCGUCCUUUUCUCAAAAUCUACCAAGCCAUGCAGCCCGUGUACACAUCUGGGAUCUAUAAUGUUCAGGGUGACAGCCAGACCAGCAUCUGUAUCACCAUUGAACCCGGUCUGCUCCUGAAAGGGGACAUCCUGCUCAAGUGCUACCACAAGCGCUACCGUAGCCCGUGCCGAGACGUGAUAUUCCGGGUGCAGUUUCACACGUGCGCUGUUCACGACCUGGGGAUUGUGUUCGGGAAAGACGAGCUUGAUGAAACAUUCAAAGAUGAAAGGUUUCCAGAGUAUGGAAAAGUGGAGUUUAUUUUCUCCUUUGGACCAGAGAAGAUACAUGGUCAAGGUGUGGAUCAACUGGAGAACGGGCCGAGCGUCUCGGUUGACUACAACACACAAGAUCCACUGAUCCGCUGGGACUCAUACGAAAACUUCAAUCAGAUUUGUGAGGACGGCGCAGAUGAAGUCAUCCAUACCGAAGGCCCCCUGGACGGCAGCCUCUACGCCAAAGUUCGCAAAAAGGAGUCUGUUGAAGGAACGGUCACAGUGAAUGGCCUCCCACCCACUGCUGUUGAACAUGCCCUUCCUGCGGUUGACCAUGCCUUGUCAGUGAGCAGCGACUCAGGAAACUCUACUGCCUCCAUCAAAACUGACCGAACUGAUGAAGCGGCAGCAGCCACUCUGGCUUCUACAGUGAGCCAGGCACACCUUCCUGUAGGCGAGGAGCUACCCUCAGUCCAUCACCACGCCCCAGCUGCACAACAACCAAUUAGUCCCCAAGAGAAACAGGAGCUGGAGCAGCUGCUGAGCGGCUUGGAGGGGCCCAUGCAUCGACAGGGCUACCUGUCCAACCCCACCUCUGCUGUUGGAGGCAUGCUUCACCUGGUCCCUGCCCAGGUCCAUGUCAAUGGGCACAAUAGCAUUGACCGUGAGACGGACAUUUUAGAUGAUGAGCUGCCUACCAGUCAAGAGGGCAACAGUGUUGACAGUCUAGGGACAUUUUCCUCCACAGAUGGUCGGGCUACGCCGGCCGAUCUUUACUACCAGCCUGGGUCACAUGUAAACGGCCAGGAGCAUGUGCCGUAUCUGGAGCGCAGUGUCCCAGAAAAGCCUCUGGAAGCCAUCCAGCCACAGGUUGGCAUAGCCAACAAACCUGUCACUUUGACCCAAAGUGAUUCAGCCCCAUCCUCGGGUGAUUACAUUGCAACGCAGAACGGCAAUUUGUACCGCUCUCAGUCAUUUGGUGCAGAGUCAAAUUCUAUGCCACAAGCUCCCACCCGCACCACCAGUAGCAGGGAUGCCGUCCAGCGGGGUCUCGUGUGGCAGCAGUUUGGCGUAACAGAUGAGCCAGUAACGGAUGGCUUUACUUUUAGUCCACCUCCUUCUGUAGCAGCGAUGCCCACCCACCACAGCCUCCCACAGUUCCCUCAUCGCCACAGUGCCUCCCAGCAAGAAAUUGAGCAAUCUAUUGAAACCCUUAAUCUCCUCAUGUUGGACCUGGAACCAGGCCGUCCGCUGAAGCCAAAGUCCCAAAGUGCUCCACUGCGGGAAAACAAUGUUGUGGUGACCACCCAGCCAUCCUUCUCCCAGAGCCAACCCAGGCCCUCCGCCCAGGCUGAUGUCGCCAUUCACACCCACUUUGGUGGCCCCAUGUCCAGCCUGGCCAGCCACUCGUCACCGGCUCAGAUGUCACCUGGGAAGCCUAAUACACCAGAGACUGCGCCUGUGCAGGGAUCUCUGAGUUACACAUCUGAAAAGGCCGGAACGGGUCCUUCCUCACAAGCCUCCCCCACUAUAGCUGGUCACUUCCAGCUCAAGCCCAUCAACAGCUACCCACCAAGCACAUUGUCCCAGUCUGCAGAGGUUUUUGAGCCCCAGAGAAGCCCCAGUGCUGCUUCAGCAUCACCACAGCCAAGAGACAGUGAGCAAGAUGAAGUGUUCAACGUUGAAGGUCUGGUGGCCCAAAGAGUGGCUGAAUACUCGGCUCGUGUCCACAGUGUCAUCCCCAGCAUGACCUCUUCUCAGUCUGAGCACCGCCGUUCUCACUCCCUCUCGGGUGUCCAGGCCCGUGCCGUGUCUUUGGACGAGCCAGCAACUCUGCCCCGCCAUCGCAUCGCCAGUGACGGCCAUUACCAGAAUGGUCCUGAGGACGAUCCCUCUCCUGACGUCCCACUUCGGUCACCUGUCCGCUGUGUUUCUCCAGAGUUUGUCAACGCCAUAGCGAUGAACCCCGGAGGACGGCCUAAGGAGAGACACAUGCACAGCUACCGUGAGGCCUUCGAGGAGAUGGACGGUGGCCCCAUCAGUCCUACACCCGUAGUUGGUGGUGAGGUGUUUCCCCAAACCCCUGCCUUCCCCAUCUCGCCGCAAACCCCUUACUUCAACCUGUGUCGGUCCCCCCCUGGUCUUGCCAAGACUCCACUGUCAGCCCUGGGUCUGAAGCCCCACAACCCAGCAGACAUCGUGCUCCAUCAAACAGGCUCAGCACCAAGAAGCUAUGUAGAGUCUGUGGCGAUGUCGGCAGGCGGUGAGCAGCCCACGUCGACUCGGAGCCUUAGCCCACCGGGAGAGACUACAGGCCAGCAGAGAAGUCCAAGUCCCUCCUCCCACACGCUGAACCCACCUUUGUCCAGCAGCAGCCCCAUCCAGAUCUCACAGGGUGAUCGCCCCGUAGCAGAGAGCAGCGUUAGCACUCCGUCCCAACCCGCGUCUGAUUCAGGCUUCCGCUCCCAGGCUACAGAGAGUGCCUACCCCACUCGCACCCCCUCAUACCAAGCCCUGAAUACCCCCACCUCUUCCUACCUGGAUUCCAACUCUCCCACCUCUUCCUACCUUGGCACUACUACCCCUACACUAUCCUACCUUGGUCCCAACACCCUGCUGGGGGGCUCUGUGGCCUCAGAUCGCAGUCCGCCCACCUCCGAACCCUCCCAGACAACGCUCAGAAGUGGAAGUCCCCAUGAACAGCACCGGACCAACAUCCUCGGAGCCCCCUACAACCCUGUCAUCCAGCAGCGCCCGUGUGCCAAUCAGGAUGGUUCUAUCGUGGGCCAUCACACGGCGCCGGCUAAUGGCUUUGAUGUGGGCAUGGUGGGUCUCAGUGGCAGUCCCAUCCUUGGUCGCCGCCUAUCUCAGGGCGCUCAGAGCAGCCCGGUCCUCAGCAGACAGCCCUCUUUGGGACAGGCGUGUCAGCGGAGCCCGGUUCUCAGCAGACAGCCGUCCCUGGGCCAGCCCAUGCAGAGCAGCCCCGUGCUCAGCCGACAGCCAUCUCUCACCCACCAAGGAAGUCCGGUUCUGGGCCGUCACCCAUCUGUAUCGCAGGUGUCCCAGAGAAGCCCCAGUCUGGACCGUCACCCCAUGCACAGCGGUUACACCACCCCAGAUGAGAGACACGGGAACCUGUCGCGACAGAGCAGCUCCUCAGGCUACCAGGGACCACCCACUCCCUCCUUCCCCAUCUCGCCUGCAGGCUACCAGGACGGGGGGUUGACGGGGAUGGGUGUAGGCUUCCGACAGGGCAGCCCCGCCCCCGGUUUCCAGCCCCAGCUUCCAGAGAAGAGGCGCAUGUCGAGCGGCGAUAGACCAAACGGAGCACUGUCCUAUGGCACACUGAACGGGAAGAUAAUGUCCCCGAUGAGUGGAGCAAGCACGCCCAGCUACUUCCACACCCUCUCUGACUUCUCAAGGUUCAAUAUGCCCGACGGAAGUCCUGAGAGCAGGCUGAAUGUCAAGUUUGUCCAAGACACGUCCAAGUUCUGGUACAAGCCAGACAUUUCCAGGGAGCAAGCCAUCGGCCUGCUGAGAGAGAGGGAGCCUGGAGCCUUUGUUAUCCGGGACAGUCACUCGUUCAAGGGGGCUUACGGCCUGGCUAUGAAGGUGGCCUCUCCUCCACCCUCAGUGCAUCAGAGCAAGAAAGGAGACAUCACCAACGAGCUGGUGAGGCACUUCCUGAUUGAGAGCAGCCCCAAAGGAGUGAAACUGAAGGGCUGUCCCAACGAGCCUUACUUUGGCUGUCUGUCUGCCCUGGUCUACCAACAUGCUAUCACACCACUGGCCCUACCCUGCAAACUACUCAUCCCUACCACAGAUCUCAUCGAGGAAGUGCCAGAAGUGGCCGCACCAAAUCCACUGGCUGAAAGGCUGAAACAAGGAGCAGUGCAGAGGGCCCCUGCUGAUUCCCAUGCAUGCAACGUGCUCUACAUCAACUCAGUAGAGAUGGAGUCCCUGACAGGCCCUCAGGCUGUUGCCAAGGCGAUAUCUGAGACACUGGCUGCCUCUUCUCCAGCUACUGCCACCAUUGUGCACUUCAAAGUGUCUUCACAAGGCAUCACGCUGACCGACAACCAGAGGAAGCUUUUCUUCCGACGCCACUAUCCGACCAACACUGUCACGUUCUGUGAUACUGAUCCUCAGGACAGAAAGUGGAACAAGCCUGAGGGAGGCACAGCCAAGCUGUUUGGGUUUGUGGCGCGUAAGCAGGGAAGCACAACGGACAACGUCAGCCACCUCUUCGCCGAGAUCGACCCUGAGCAGCCCGCCAACGCCAUCGUCAACUUCGUCUCCAAGAUGAUCGCCUCGCAGAAACGAUGAGAGCUGUCCGCAAAACCCUGGCACUUUUUUUUUUUUUUUUAUAAAUGCCUUUGGUUAUUUUCUUUCCUUUUAACCACGGAGACUCACUUUCUGUUUUGGACAAUUAAGCAUUUGGUUUUACGCGUCACCUUAUUUUUCCCGCUCUUUUACAUUUAUGUAUGACUGUGUGUUUGUGUACGCAAGAGAACAAAACGGAGUGUGUGUGUGUGUGUGUGUGUGUGUGUGUGUGUGUGUGUGUGUGUGUCUGUGUGCGUGCGUGCAUGUGUAGCUUUCAUGCAUGUGCUUUUCUUCUCGGACGGACUCCAGAAUGGACCAGAGGAAGUGCAGGAUGGGGCGUGGCUGUGUGUGACAGUGGGACGGGAGGCGAUUGGGAUCUCCCCGGCAGGGUAACAACUAACACGUGAACGGGAGGAGGGAAUGACAUUGUGUGUGCAAAUGUUAAUUUUAUUUUUAGCAAUUGUUUCAUUUUUUAUUUUUUUAAGAGAAGAAGUCAAGUUGUGUGAUGUAAAGGUGGAUUGUAAAUCUAUCAGGCUUUUUGACAGGUCAACCAAAGAUUAAAAAAAAAACAAAAAGAAAAGUAGUCAGGGUGUGUAUAGUGUGCCACUGUCGGAGCGUCGCAAGUAUUCUUUUGUAAAACAAAAAUAUGGCUGCUUGAUCAAAAACAAUGCUGAACUGUUUCUUUCUGUAUGUACUGAUACUGUAGGUCAAUUCUGCGCCGUCGCCAUCUUGCGAACAAUGUUUUCGGACAUUUUUCCGCAGCUGGUGAGGUCUGUGUAAAUAUUCUAGACUGCUUUAGGAGUAGGACUGUUCUAGAUGACAUUUGGUGCCUGACUUAUUUUGUAAUGCAGAGCUUUGUAAGAAAAAGAAGAGCAUAAGAACUCUUCCAGGCUGUCUGAAAUAUACAAAUAGCCAAAGUAGGAAAUAUGGUUGUUCUCCAAAAUGUCCGCACGUCCUUCCUGUUCGAUGUAGUGGUGUCGCUAAGGACGCAACAGAUGUUGUUCCUCUGAGGCGUAGCUAGAGUCGGACAGCAUCAGCUACUUUCUUGCGCGUCUACGAUAUCUGAGUGAACAUAAAAAAAAUUUUUUUUUAAAAGCUUCAGAGAGAAACCCACUGAAUCAUCGCAGCCACACAAAGAUAUUUUGGGUCAGACAGGAAAAGGAGAGGAUUAGCUUCCUAUCUGCCAUCAUCCUCUGUUCAGUCCACGCUGCCCUAUUUCACUCAUUACUGAAGGACAUCCGUUUGUUUUGGGAGGACCUCCGUUACAGAAACGUUUUGUUCCGCUAUACUGCUCUUCAAGUUUCCGUCGAUAGAAAAAAAUAAAAAUAAGCUCUUCGCGUCAGCCGGCCAAAACUGUUAACACUCACGCCCUACCCAAAAGUAAGCUAUAUACAUAUAAAUAUACAUAUAAAGAUAUAUAUUAAAAAAAAAAAAAAUUCCAAACCGUGACUUAAGAUAUUUAUUUUUUUUUGCUUUGUUGCUCUGUUAUCUGUGUAUUAUAAAGUAUACAUCAAGAUUUACUAAAAGUGAGAAGAAAAGAUAGCUUUUUAUUUUGGCUAAAGUGCAUUGACAUAUAUAAGAUGUAAAGUGUGUGCAUUUUAAACUGUUUUUUUGAAUGUUUAUUUUUCACAGCAUUACUGCCUUUUUGUUAACAUUCUUGUUUUCUUGGGGAGGCUUUGUUUGUUUGUUUGUUUUUAAAGAUGGGGGGGGGGGGGCAUAUUGUGUAUGAAAGAUGGGUGUCCAAAUUGGAGUUAUCCUAAAGUGAUGCCAACGCAAUUGUUGCAUUAACUUAAACCUGCCUAGAAAACACAUGUUGUCCAAGUUUAGCACUUAAAAUGUUGAAGUAUUAUCGGUGUGUUUCUACUUGUCAAAAAAACAGAGGAGGUAUGGACGGUGACGUCAUCAUCGUUGCAUGUGUGGAGGCAGACUUGCUACUUCCUGUCAUCCCACAGCGCCACAGCUUGUUCAUGGAAAACCAGUCAGCUCAGUCAGCUGCUGCUGCCCUCAUGUGGUGUGGACCGAGCAUUACAAAAGGAACCACUUUUAUUCUAACAGUGUUUUAGCUGUGAUUGUGGCCCGUCAAAAGGGUAUUUGUUGGAGUAAAGUAUCCUGGUCGCUGAAAAAAAAUAAUUUAAUUUUGAUGUUGAUUCAUGUGCUAAUCUUUCUUAGCAAAUUAGUUUUUCUUUUGGCAUUUUAACCCUUGUGUUGUCUUCCCGUUGACCAUGAUCUUGUUGUCCUUCCUUUGUUAUGCUUUUUUUUUUAAAUUCAUGGUCAAUAAACCUAAUUUAUAUGAAAUUAAACCUAAUUUUUUAGUUUAAAAAAAAGCAAGUUCAUUAAUUAUUGACGAAUAGUUCAGAUCAGAGGAUGCUGUGUGAAUCACGAACUGGUAAAUGUUAAAGUUUAGUCACAAUACUGUUUUGAAACCAUUUAAAUAUUUUUUUUACAACACCCAAAGUUCAAUUGAAGUAAUCAUUCAUUUAUUUUUUAUUUUGUUGGGCAUUUUCGGCCUUUAUUUCGACAGGACAGCAGAAGACAUGAGAGGGGGGAUGACAUGCAGCAAAGGGCCGCAGGUCAGAGUCGACCCCCGGCCCGCUGCUUCAAGGAGUAAACCUCCAUAUAUGGGCGCCUGCUCUACCAACUGAGCUAACCGGGCGCCCGGUAAUCAUCCAUUUUAACUGAAAAGAAUGUUGUAUAUCCAUACAACGUGCAGCCAUGUUAUUUUUCGGGGCAAUUUGGUUGAAAGAAACCCAUAUUUCUCACCCGAGGACAACACAAAGGUUAAAUGAAAGGAUUGAGUACAGCAGUCGAGAUUACGACUCCCUCCUUUAUGCCUGAUGCUCUAGGAUUAGUCGGCAGCAUGUAGCUAAUCAAAUAAGGGUUAGUUUGGGAGCCUACACUCUGACUCAAAGUUAAAAAAAGAAAGAAAAGAAAAGUUUAUAUCUGACUAGAAUGUUCCAUUAUUUAUUAGCAAGAGCCUGCAUGCUCGAGUCGAGUUGUUACCUUUCCACUGCUGACUGUAAUCUGUACACCGUAGCCUCGAGUCUUACUCAAGCCAGCCAGAGAUGCCCAUAGAUAGUUAUCAUCAGGUUUUCAUUUCCACGUGGCGACCGUGUCUUGACUCGGCUUACGAGACAGAAGAAUCUGUAUUUUUUGCCUACAAAAUGCUCGUUGAGAAAAGAGGAAGGUCCUCUUCUUCAAACUGAAUGUUUGCCAUUUGUUUGCCAAGAUGGAAACUUCAGUGGCAUGUGCCCACUUUGACAGAUCAGUCUGGACUGUAGAAUGUGUGUGAAUGAGCUACUAUGCCUGUACAGAGCGUUUGUCAUAUUUUCGGUUUGCUACAUUGUAUGGCUUUUACUAUUUCUGAUGAAAAAGAAUACACAUUAAAAAAGCAGUACAAAUCAAAA